UCCUCUGAUAAUAAUAAGUCUUCACCUUGCCCUCUUCUUCUCUCUCUCCCUCCCUCCCUCCCUCUUUUAUAUAUAUAACCCUUUGCCUGGCUGUCUCUUUUUAUCUCUCUAGAGACACAACCGGAAAGAAAUAUCAUAUAUCAUCUAUAUGUAUACUGUAUAGAGGGAGAGAGAGAGAGAGAGAGAGAGAGUCCAGGAGGAUGAGAACGAGGACAGGGGUUUGUUAUCCCAGGGUGGAGAUGUGUCGGGAGAGAAUCGAAAAGAGAAGCAGGGACUUCGCCGGAGAGCCCCGGAAUUGCCGUAAACGGCAGAAGAAGUCGCCGGAGGCUGCUGGGAGGCGUGAUUUGUUCGACGACUUGCCUGAUGAUCUGGUCGUCUCUAUUCUCUCUAGUCUCAGCUCCACCGCCAGUUGCCCGGCAGAUUUUGCCAGCGUUUUGAUAACGUGCAGGAGAUUAAACGCCUUAGGCCUCCACUCUAUAGUUCUUUCCAGAGCUUCUCCAAAAAUGCUUGCAGUGAAAGCCAAGAACUGGUCCGACUCGGCUCACCGAUUCUUGAAACAGUGUUCCGACUCCGGAAAUAUCGAGGCCUGCUACAUUCUCGGCAUGAUUCGUUUCUACUGCUUGCAAAACCGGGGAAGUGGAGCCUCUCUCAUGGCGAAGGCCGCGAUUCACUCGCACGCCCAGGCGCUUUACUCGCUGGCCGUCAUUCAAUUCAACGGCAGCGGAGGCAGCAAGAACGACAAGGACCUCCGAGCCGGCGUGGCUCUGUGCGCCCGAGCCGCCUUUCUUGGCCACAUCGACGCUCUGCGUGAGCUCGGUCACUGCCUCCAAGACGGCUACGGCGUGCGCCAGAACAUCGCCGAAGGCCGCCGGUUCCUGGUCCAAGCCAACGCGCGCGAGCUCGCCGCCGUCCUUUCAAUUCCUCCGUCGGCUUUGACCUCCAGCUCCUGGCUGGCUUGGAACCCGCUGGCACACCACAUGACCGGAUCCGCCGGCGGCUGCCCGCUGCUCAGUGACUUCGGUUGCAACGUUCCGGCGCCGGAGGCUCACCCGGCGAGUCGGUUCCUGACGGAAUGGUUCGCGGCACGGGGCGGCGUCCCGGGACCGGGGCUCCGAAUGUGCUCGCACGUGGGGUGCGGGCGGCCGGAGACGAGGACCCACGAGUUUCGCCGGUGUUCUGUCUGCGGCGGCGUGAACUACUGCUCGCGGGCGUGUCAGGCGCUCGAUUGGAAGAUGCGCCACAAGGCGGAGUGCGCCCCCAUGGACGGCUUGCAUAACGACGAUGCGAACGGCAACGGUAACGGAGACGUCGAGGGAGGUGGCGAAGCCAAUGAAGACGCCAUGGUUGAGAGUUAAACGAACGUUAGGGUGACGGUAACUGGUAACGGCAGUUUGAGUCGUUUGAAAUUGAAACGGGAUGAGAGGGGGAGAUAGCAUAAUUUUCCGGGAAUUCGGAUGGAAAAUGCAAAAUGGACCUUUUCUCUGUAUAGGGAAGGAAGUAAUUAGAUGGUUCUAAGAGGGCCUUUUUUUUUUUUUGUAUAAAAUAGAGCGUUUUUAGCAGCCCCCCCUUUUUUUUCUCUCAGUGCUUUUAUUAAAUUAUUGCUAUCUUCAGUUUGGGCCCACCCGCCCUCCA